AUGUCCGAAGUUUUAUCCAGACCCUCCGCGCCGCGUGGGCGCGGUUCUGCUCGAGGUGGACGAGGCGGUUACAGCUCCAGAGGUGGCCGGGGCGGUCCUCGAUCUGCCAAAGCUGAAUUCGCCGACAAUGCUGCACCCACAUCAUACGAAGAUGAAGGAGAAAUCGGUCAAUUGAAGCUCAAAUAUGCGACAGAAUUACCCACGUUGAAAGAGCUCUUCUCGGAAUGGACAGACGAAGAUCUCGUGUUUGCUUUGGAGGAUGCCAAUGGUGUUCUUGAAACUGCCAUUGAACAUAUUAGUGAAGGUAACGCAUCUCAAUGGGGUGAGGUCAAGAAGAAGACUACCGAUCGCUCCCGUUCCAAGGCGAAGGAUGUGCCCAAGUCCCAAACCACCGGUAGCGAAACAGUGCCUCUAGCAUCUCGCGGUGUUCGUGGCCGUGGUGGGUUCGAAGGACGCGGUGGUCGUGCUCGAGGAGAUCGUGGUCGUGGAGGACGCGGUGGACGAGUCGGUGGCGCACGUGACGAGAAGCCUGCUGCACCCACCGAGCAGGUCAUUACAAGCAUCUCUACCGAACCCGCUACUGCUGAAGUUGAAACAGCCAAACCCGUUGAGUCGGUCGAGGCCGUGAAGGAACCCCAGCAGGAAGCUCCUAAAGCCGAACCUGCGAAGAAAGGAUGGGCCAGCUUGUUUGCUAAACCUACGCCUCCCCCUCCUCAGAAGAAGCCUCCCCCAGUCGCUGCACCUCCAGCCGUUCCUCCCGUCGAAGCUCCCGUCGAAACGAAACCUGAACCGAUCAUACCGUCUGUACCUGCUACCGUGGCAACCCCGGAAAUCCCCAAAGCCCAAACACCCGAACAACCGCCUGUACCUCUUGACGAACCCGCACACGAACCACCCUCUACCCAGUCUUUCGAAGCUCCUACAGAUGAUCUCACCAAAACGAACCUUGAGCAGAUUCCCGAUGUUUCAGUGCCUCCUGCCACCGCAACCGCAGCCAGCACGAUCGCAAGUGUGCAAGACCCUAACUCUCUACCUCCCGUUACUCCACAAAGCCGUGGACCUGUAUCUGGCUAUGCAGCCUCUGCUUUCAAGGCAGCUGGAACUCAAGGCCGCUCUGCUAGUUUCCAGCGUCGUGUUUUGGAACAGCAGGAAGCUGUUGUUAUGCCUGCCAAUCACGCUGUUGAUCGCGCUGCUGUCCAAUUUGGCAGCAUGGGACUGAACGGUAAUGAAUCCGUGGACGUUGAUGAACAGCGCGAAGAAGCGGAAACUCGGGCCCAACCACCCCAACACUCUCCGGUCGCUCCUCGUGCUUCCCUUCCUCCUCCUCAAUCUCAGCCCUCGACAGAGACCCCCGCUGUUGCCCGUCCUGCUCCUGGGUUGCCUCCCGUGCCCCAGACGGACGCAGCACCUUUCAACGACUUCAGCCGAUACGCCGAAGCCCAGAAGCCAUACGACCCAUUUACCCAACAUCCCGCCCAGACUCAGGCUCAAGCCCAAGAGCCCUUCUCUCAUCAAGCCCCUACCCAAGCUGCAGCAACGACUGGCAGCGAAUAUUCCCCCUUCUAUGCUGCCGAUCAGCAGCGCCUUCCCUACAAUUACUACGGAUAUCCUUCACAGGACACCACUGGCCAGCGCGCGUCUGGUUUCGCAACCUCCGGCGCUGAGGGACAGGCUCAAGCUACCCAGACUCCUAGCCGCUAUGGUCAUACCGAAGCUCCUGGAAGUGGUCAGAACACUCCUCAGCCUACCUUGCCCGGCGCCACCCAAUCGCAGCAACCGUCUGGCCAGCACAUUCCUGGAGGACAGGGUGCUCAUGCUGCUAACUACGGCUACGGCUAUCCUUACUACUCGAACCCUCAUUAUGCUCAGACAUACAUGAACAUGAACCAGCAGCACCAAUAUGGUCGCAACCGUCCUAUGUAUGAUGAUGCUCGCCGUUACGAAGAUCACUACAUGCCUCAUAGCAAUCAGUAUGCGUACAGCAAUCAGUACGCUCCAUACGGCGGCAAGGGCGCUAUGUACGGCCAGCCAUUCUCCUACGACCACUCGUCUUCUCCAGCAGGUUCUGGUUUUAACCAGGCUCUUCCAGGUCGGGACUCUGUCUAUGGUCGUACUGGAUCUGCCCAGCCUGAGAACCAGCAGUCUGCUGCAGCAAACACCACCUUCGGUACAGCUGUCCCUGAUGUAUUUGGUCGUUCGCAGUCCGGAUUUGGCCAGAACCAACCUAUCUCCCAGCAACAACCCGUAAGCAGUGAGGAAUCUACCAAGGGAUACGAAACCUCCAAGACGGGUGGCCCAAGCCCCUCUCUUGCUCAGGCUAAUCGACCUGGUUCAGCCACCAGCAGCAUCCCCGGACAGUCGCAGUCACAGACUGGUCUCCCCCCUCUCCAGGGACAGCAGGGUCAACAGGGCUUCGGCGGUUAUCCUCACUUGAACCCUCAGUACAGCGGCGGUCUCGGUGGCUUAGGCAGCCACCAGGCCAAUGUUAGCCAGAACCACCACCAAGGAAGUGCAUAUGGCAACUACGGCGGCGCGGCAGGCUUCGGUAACUACUAUGGAAACUCUGGACGCGGCGGCGGUUGGGGUGGCAAUUACGGACAUUAA